AUGGCAGCCCAACUACCGCCCUCUUCGUUCCCGUUCAUCCAAGGCGUCCGGUGGUUCAAUGUCGCCGUCCUCACUGUUACACCGAGCAUUGCAGUCUGGGGCCUCCUGCAUGUGCCAUUUCAGGCAAGAACUCUCCUGUUCGCCGCAGCAUACUACAUAUAUUCCAUGCUAGGUAUUACCGCUGGAUAUCAUCGGCUGUGGUCCCACAGAUCAUAUACGGCAUCCUUCCCGUUGCAGUGUUUCCUGUUAUUCGGAGGAACGAGUGCUGUGCAAGGUUCUUGCUUCUGGUGGGCUCGCACGCACCGUUCCCACCAUCGACAUACAGAUACAGACUUUGAUCCAUACAACGCCAAGAGAGGACUGUUCUGGACCCAUGUUGGGUGGAUGCUCUUCAAAACGAACCUUCGCUCCGGCUCCGUCGACGCUUCCGACCUCCGAAAUGACACCUUGCUUCAAUGGCAACAUACAUGGUACAUGUUCCUCGCAGCGUUCUUCGGGUAUCUCCUUCCCACCUUGGUACCUGGGAUCGGAUGGGGAGACUGGUUGGGCGGGUUCUGCUUCUCGGGUAUGCUUCGAUUGACAAUCGCACAUCACAGUACGUUUUGCAUAAACUCCGUAGCUCAUUAUCUUGGUUCUACGCCCUACGAUGAUGCGCUUACGCCACGCGACCAUUUCCUUUCCGCAAUCCUCACCAUGGGAGAAGGAUAUCAUAAUUUUCAUCAUCAAUUCCCCAUGGACUAUAGAAAUGCAUUCCGCUGGUACCAAUAUGACCCGACGAAGUGGUUCAUCGCCAUAUGUAACCUUAUAGGUCUGGCAGCCAAUCUGCGGGUAUUCCCCAGUAACGAGAUUGACAAGGGCGUAUUGACAAUGAAGCUCAAGGAUCUGAAGCGAGAACAAGAUCGGCUGAAAUGGCCUGUCACAACUAAGAAGUUACCAGUGGUGACAUGGGAAACAUUCCAGAAGGAGGCUGAGAAGUGUCCGCUUUUGCUGAUAUCUGGGUUCAUACACGAUGUUUCAUUGUUUGUGGACCAGCAUCCUGGGGGCCGCAGUGCGCUAGAAAAGAACUCUGGGAGGGACAUGACUGCUGCGUUCUUCGGAGGGGUCUACUCCCACUCACACGCCGCGCAUAACUUGCUGUCUAUGAUGCGAGUAGGCGUUCUUGAUGGAGGUGUCGAGUACAUCUCAUCGUGUGACCAACCCAGCGCGUCGAAUCCAGGUCCUCAGCCUCAGCCUAAUCCGCGACCUACUACUAGUCCAUCAGUCUCAGCCUCAACAUUACAUGCGAUACCGCCAUCGCAGAGACUGUUCAUCGCCGAGCGGACAUCGCUGCCAUGA